GUAACUGUGAUGUGAUCACCAUGUUUGGUCCUCGCAGAGUCUUCCAAUCCCAAAUACGCCACCUUGCGAAUCACUCCAAGACCCCGUCUCGAUUUAGGUAUAAUCCAACACGGAAUGCCAGUACUGCCGCCCAGGCCCCUACGGCCCAAUCGUCAAGAUGGCCGCGACGCCUGAUUUAUGCGGGGAUAUUCGGUAGCUUAGGUAUCUCGGCUGGUAAAUGGAUGGACAGGAAAAUUGGCGAGCCGGCCAUUCCAGGAACAGAGGCAGAUGCGAUGGAAUUGGAAGAGAUCAAUCGGGUGUAUAAUUUCGGCUUGCCCAUCGUGCAGGAGCUGCGAAAUAAUCCAGACUAUGUGGAGUCGGAUGUAUAUCAAAACUAUACGGAUGAGGAGAAGGCACAUAGGUUGACAUCUGGCCCGCUUGCUGGGAGUCGAGCGUUGGCAUUGCAGAAAGUUUUUUGGAAUGAAAAGGAGAAGAAGGCUAUCAACGUGGUCUUCCUUGGGCCAGGUACCGAGGGGUGGCCGACAAUUGUUCACGGAGGUGCUCUGGGCACUGUGAUCGAUGAGAACCUAGGCCGUGUUGCUAUACGCUGUUUCCCUGAGCGUACCGGUGUCACUGCAAAUCUCCAACUCAACUAUCGCGCCCCGGUCUACUCGGAUCAGUUCUACGUCUUCUACUCAACCAUCGAUCAGGAAAAGAGCACUGAUCGAAAGGCAUAUGUGUCGGGCGAAGUGCGCGAUGUCAUUGGACGGGUCUGUGUCGAAGCCAGCGGGCUCUUCGUCGUACCCAAGAAACUGAAGCUCCAAAGGGUUGGAGAUAAAUAUUGAGCCGCAUUUGGUUUUCAUUUGAAAACAAUCUGGAUUGUUGCCAUGGUUCUUCUCAGUACAGCCAUCGAACCCCGGAUCAAGGCCGGUAUUUACUGACUCCCAUCAGUUUUGGAAAUUUCAGGAUGAAGAAAUAAUACACUUGGAUAUAAUCGCAUGAUCAUGCAUAUAAUACAUAAUGUUUAUACCGAUCUGAUCUGCAGAUACUUUUGCAUGGCCAUACUGGCGUUGUUUAUCUUACCUCUAUCAAUCACAAUCCUUGACACCAGUGCAUGAAGACACAGCAUUUACUGGACCGCAGCC